AGUUUGAGAACAAGCCAAAUUAGCUGUAUUCGAAGGGUAAGCAUAAAAUUCUACCAAGCUCUGUAGAGGAGAAUCUCUACGGUGCACGCAAAGUAUGAGACAUUUGCUUUCUCACUUGCUGGGACAAAGAGCAAUGCUAAUUGUGCACAGGAAGAUAGUUUUUCUUUUAAAUAGUAGAGAGAUAGAGGACAGAGAGAGAGAGCACCCAAAGAUGAUUGUGUUUUAAGUAAUAGAGAGAGAAAGAGAGGAGCUGCUCUUGUUUUGUUUUAUUUGGGUAGAGUGGUCUUCCAAAGCAUGCACAUAUAAGAAUGGAUGGAUGCCGGAGAAGGUGGGGAUGCAUGGCUAGCCCAGAAGAGCAUCUAAUUUAUAUUGCCGAUGCUGCUGCCAGCAGAUCUGGAUCUGGUGAAAGCGUCGGCACCAGAUCCGAUGAGGAGGAGGAUGGUAGUCUUCCUAGCAAACCUCAUGGGGAUGAGGAGUGGAUCAGAGAGGUGGAGAACAAAAUGUGCCGCGCACUCUUGGAUUCGAUGUUGUGGCCCUUCCAGUCCCCAGAUGAAAGAGAAACCACGAUUUGCAAGUUUACGCUGGGUAAGGAGAUCUCUCGGCCAAGGUUCGCGACGAUCGGGGAGUUCUCUCAGCCCAGAGUGGUGACAAUAGGGCCAUUUCAUCGGCAGGAGAGCACGAGUAUUUCCGACGACCAGAAAUGGGUGAUUGUGUGCUUCAUGAAUUUAUUGUGCGGUCUCGACUUGGCGCGCUGCCUCGUAAAGAUGAAAGAGGAAGCAAAAAAAGCUCGCAACAGCUACUCCGAUUUAGAUAUAUCGCAAAGCUCCGGCCCUAAAGACUACACAAGUUUCACAGAGAUGCUGCUCCUCGAUAGCUACUUCAUCUUGUUUAUCCUGACCGUUAAGAUACGCAAAAGACCGGCAGGUUAUACACUGAUGCCGCCAACACCUGAUUCUGCAAACCCACUCAAGUUGUUUCGCGACGACGCGACUAAAUUUCUCGACAUCAUAUUCAACAAAGACGAGAUCGCGCUCGAUCUACUGAUCCUUGAUAACCAAAUCCCCUUCUUCGUGAUCGAGGAGCUAUUUAAGGAGCUCAAGUUGGAUAAGCCCCUCCUCGAGUACGCCCUCGAGUUCUUCGAGAUGAUCCAUCCGAGGUCUGCCCGACAUUUCAUAGACGAGAAUAUUAGUCCUCCCAAAUUCCUACAUCUGCUCGAUCUUUUCCACUGGUCUCGGGUCCCGCAGAACAAGUACAUCGAACCAAUUAUUAGUUCGUCUUCUAAACAGCUAGAUUCUAUAUACUGGGCACCCUAUACUCCGAAUGCGAUGGAACUCAGAGAAUCCGCAACAAUGUUCGAAAAGAAGACGUCCGGCAGCAGCUCGCUAGAUAUCACAUUUCGGAGGCGUUGGUUUAAACACAUUAUUGGGGUGCUCGACAUCCCGGAGCUACACAUCCGCGACUAUAGCAGCUUCAUCUUCCAUAACCUCAUCGCCUUCGAGAUGCAAUCUUCAAGCCGGGGCCGCUGCACCGUGGCCUUUUCUGCACUUAUGCGCAACUUUCUGCAAAGAGAGGAAGAUGUGAAGCUGCUUCGGCAGAGAGGCAUCUUGGUGAGCUCGUCCAUGACCGACAGACAACUCAUCGAUCUCUUCGCGCGCUUGAGCAGAUUGACUGAAAACCAUCAAAUGCCGAGCGAUCUGUUUAACAUAUGCCAUCAGGUCCUAUCUCACCACAACCACCCAGUGAAUCAGUUCUGCGGCAGCGUCAUUAUCCGGUACUUCCCCAGCCCACUGGUGACUCUUUCUGUAUCUGCCGCCGCCGUGCUUUUUGUUCUCAGCCUCUUGCAAACCAUAUAUGCUAUGAUCAGUUACCACCACCUUGGGUGAAUGCUCUACCUACACGUUGUAUUACCUAGUAUGAUAGUACUGCAUGCAUAUGUUACUGAAGUAAAACACGGAUUGUAUUUCCAAAUUCCAAUUGGGUUUGGGUGGGUAUGUAUUUACAUCUAACUUCCUCUCCUCUGUAAGUUGCUGCCUAGUUUAAUUGGUGUUCUUACUCGUUAUUAAUGCAAUGAUUUUUUAUUUA